GACACACACAGACACACACACACACACACACACACACACACACACACACACACACACACACACACACACACACACACACACACACACACACACACACGGGAAGCUGAAUUUCCACAUUCCACUUUGAGUCCAACAGAGAGCAAAGGGAGUGACACACCCUUCAGACGACAUUCGGGGGAGGUGGUGGUGGAGUUAAAGUGAUGCGGAGCCGUACACGCUCCAUGUUUAAAACAUAGAUACUAUCGCUUCAGCUCUCAUGGGGAAGACAUAGCGGGGGAAGCAACAGGUUGCUGGCAUGACAAUCAAAGAGCCCACCCACCGCUGGGCUCUCCUGCUGCCGCUGCUGGCUCUCCUCCCCGGGGGCCCGCGGGGCCUCGCCCAGGCCUGCGUCUGUCCCAGGGCCACCGUGGUCACCCGCCUACCCGCGGAGAUACCGGGCGGGGCCUGCUGCCUCAACUACUCCGGCUCGGCGCUGGGUCGCGUGUCCUGGCCCGGGUUCAGCGACGACGACGACAACAACAACAACAACAACAACAACGACCCCCACCACCACAACGCCAGCCGCCCCCGGCUGGAGGUGCUGGACCUGUCCCGCUGUAACGUCACCCACAUCGAGCCGGGCUUCGGCCGCGCCGCGACCGGCCUCCGGGAGGUCCACCUGCAGCACAACCGCCUGGAGGCGCUGCCCGAGGACUUCCUGGCCCGGCAGCCCGGCCUGCGGGUGCUGGACCUGGGCUCCAACCGGCUGCUGGAGCUCCCCGAGGGUCUGCUCCGGGGCUCCGGGGCGCUGCGGCGGCUGGGGCUGGCGGGGAACCGCCUGCGGUCCCUGGAGCCCGUGGCCUGGGUGCUCCGGGCGCCCCGUCUGAGCCGCCUGGAGCUGGAGCUCAACCCCUGGGACUGCUCCUGCGGCCUGGUGGAGCUCCUGGCGGUCGCCACGGCGACGGGGGCCAACGGGACCGUCUCCUCCGGCCCGUCGGCGAACCUGACGUGCGCCUCGCCCCGGAAGCUGGAGGGCGUGGCCGUGCUCUCGCUGAGCCCCGACGCCGUGUGCCAGCCCCCGGGGCUCACGGCGCUCUUCAUCCUCCUCCCGCUCCUCCUCCUCGCCGGCCUGCUGCUCUGCUGGUGCUGCGGGAGGAAGAGGAAGAGGAGGAGCGACGCCACCUUCGGCUCCAAGAAGAGGAAGAGCAAGCAGAGCCAGAAGGCGCCGGCGGCCGGUUUCCGCGACCAACCGCGGAAACCGGCCCGGCCCGUCGCCAACGGCGACCCCGCCCCCGCCGACGGCGCCCCAGAGAGAGGGGGCGGGAUCCUGAAGAAGCAGCUGCUGCUGCGCCCCGCCUCCCCCCUGUUCAGCAGCACCCGGGACCUCCCCCAGCAGGUGGAGGCGGAGCCAAAGCUAGGCUCCGCCUCCUUACGGGACUCCCGCGCCUCCGUCAGCUCCGCCGAGGGAGGGGGCAGCGGCCUGGGACUGCCGGGGAACACGACAGCGGGCGGAGGCGGAGCCGGCGAGGGCGGCGGCGGCCGGGGGGCGGAGCUAGACGACGUGGUGAGCGUGAGCGAGGUGCUGAAGGACUCGGCCAAUCGGGAGAAGGCGUACCUGGUGCAGUCCACGGAGUACUACAGCCUGCUGCCGGGCAUGGACCUGGGGGGCUCGGACCACGGCGACUACGAGAGCGUCGACCUCGCCUGAUCCCCCCCCCCCCUCCGGGAUGGGACUGAGCGUGUGUGUGUGUGUGUGUGUGUGUGUGUGUGAUUGUGAGUGUCAGUGUUUGAGUGUGAGUGUGUGUGUGUGUUUGUGUUUGCAAGUGUGUGUUUGUUUCCGUUUCCUUACCUGUCUGUUUGAGUGCAUGUUUUUAUUGUGACUGUGUGCGUGUGUGUGUGUGUGUCUGAGAGUGUGUUUGUGUGUAUCUGUGUGUAUGUGUGUUUGCAAGUGGGUGUGUGUUUCUGUCUGAGUGCAUGUUUUUAUUGUGUGUGUGUGUGUGUGUGUGUGUGUGUGUGUGUGUGUGUGUGUGUGUGUGUGUGUGUGUGUGUGUGUGUGUGUGUGUGUGUGUGUGUGUGUGUGUGUGCAUACG